GUUCAUCGCCUGAGGUCAGUGGACAAUUUAUUUGUGGUUGUUCAGGAGUUCAAAGACUAUCAGUUCAAAGAAAAAAAGGAAGAUGCUCUGAAGGAUUUGGAAGAUUUGGUUAAGAAGCUGCCUUGGACCAGUCCUUUGAAGAUUUGGGAGCUGAACAACAGCUUGAAAAAGAAAAAGACGAAACGUAAGAAACAUAAUCUGCAGAGUGCUGCAAGCAAAAAGAAGUUGCCUGAGGGUGGAGAGGAGGAGGGAACAGGUCAAGACAACGCCAGCCAACAGGAGGACUGUGCCCAGAGUGCUGCCGGGCUAGAACCUGCCAGCGGCCAGGACACGGAAAAGACGCAAGAAGCGUCAUCUCGAAACGAGGAGGAGGAGGAGGAUGGACGAUCCGAUGCUAAGGAGGAGGUGCAGGCAGGUUCUGGGGACGAGACCAAGGCUGGUGACGGUAAGACGAGUGACGGAGGGGCGAAGGUGCUGAAGUUCCGCGUGACGUGCAACAGAGCAGGAGACAAGCACAGCUUCACGUCCAACGAUGCCGCAAGAGACUUCGGCGGAGCUGUGCAGGAGCACUUCCAGUGGAAAGCAGACAUGACUAACUUUGAUGUAGAGGUUCUUCUGAAUAUUCACAACAAUGAAGUAGUUGUGGGUAUUGCACUAACUGAGGAGAGUCUGCACAGACGAAAUAUUACCCAUUUUGGACCCACAACUCUUCGUUCAACACUGGCUUAUGGCAUGCUUAGACUCUGUGAUCCACAGCCAACAGAUAUCAUCGUGGAUCCCAUGUGCGGGACGGGCGCGAUACCCAUAGAGGGAGCUACAGAAUGGCCUGGCUGCUACCAUAUUGCUGGUGAUAACAACCCACAGGCUGUGAAGAGGGCAGCAAACAACAUCUGUUCUUUGCUAAAGAAAAACGAGAAUAAGGAAAGCAGCACUUCCCUGGGCAUACCCUUAGACAUCAUCCAGUGGGAUAUUUGCAAUCUGCCCUUGCGGACCGGUUCUGUGGACAUCAUCGUGACAGACAUGCCCUUUGGAAAGAGGAUUGGGUCAAAGAAGAAGAACUGGGAUCUCUACCCAGCCUGCCUGAUGGAGAUGGGCCGCAUCUGCACGCCGGGGACAGGCCGGGCCGCGCUGCUUACGCAGGACAAGAAAUGCUUUGCCAAGGCCUUGUCACGAAUGGGACACAUCUGGCGCAAAGCGCAGACGGUGUGGGUGAACGUGGGCGGGCUCCACGCUGCGGUGUAUCUGCUGAAACGCACCUGGGAAAGAGCAGAAGAAAAAAGAUCCUUCUGGUGACCUGUGUGGGAGAAG